UUAUUUUUCAAGUAACAAAUAAUAUGUCAAAUUAGUCGAUAUUAAAAAAAUUGUACAAACCAAGCCUAACAAUGCCUGGUAGGGGAAAUCCUUUUAAUCAUUCUGAGCCAAUGGACGAAGAUGAUGCCUUUGCUGUUUCUGAUUAUGUUUCACGUUUCAAACAAAAUGAAAAAAAGAAAAAAGGCGUACCAAAACAUCCAAAUGAGGAUAUGCCCACCAGCAGUCGUGGCUACCUAAUGAAUCAAACUGAGGACUUAGCUACUGCCAUUCUGAAACGUAAAGAUCGCCCAAAUCGUUUAAUUGUUGAAGAAGCUCUGAAUGAUGACAACUCAGUGGUGUCGUUAUCGCAGUCAAAGAUGGAUGAGUUACAGUUGUUCCGUGGAGAUACUGUCAUUCUUAAAGGCAAGCGUCGAAAAGAGACCGUUUGUAUUGUACUUUCCGACGAAAAUUGUCCCGAUGAGAAAAUACGGAUGAAUCGUGUUGUGCGUAACAAUUUAUGUGUACAUUUAUCCGAUGUUGUUUCUAUUCAGUCUUGUCCAGAUGUAAAGUACGGCAAACGAGUACGUAUCUUACCAAUUGAUGACACUACUGAAGGCGUUACUGGCAAUCUAUUCGAAAUUUACUUAAAACCAUAUUUUCUCGAGGCUUAUAGGCCCAUACAUAUGGGUGACAAUUUUAUAGUUCGUGCGGCUAUGCGUCCGAUCGAAUUUAAAGUAGUACUAACUGAUCCGGAACCUUAUUGCAUUGUAGCGCCUGAAACAGUUAUAUUUUGUGAUGGCGAUCCAAUUAAACGUGAAGAAGAGGAAGAAUCCUUGAAUGCAGUAGGUUAUGAUGAUAUUGGUGGCUGCCGUAAGCAAUUGGCACAAAUUAAGGAAAUGGUAGAAUUACCAUUGCGACAUCCAUCUUUGUUCAAAGCGAUUGGUGUUAAACCACCACGUGGUAUACUUAUGUACGGUCCACCUGGUACAGGCAAAACUCUAAUAGCGCGUGCUGUUGCCAAUGAGACAGGCGCAUUCUUCUUCCUAAUAAAUGGGCCCGAAAUUAUGUCUAAGUUAGCUGGUGAAUCUGAAUCGAAUUUACGUAAAGCUUUUGAAGAGGCAGAGAAAAAUUCACCUGCAAUUAUUUUCAUUGAUGAGAUAGACGCUAUUGCACCAAAACGCGACAAGACACACGGUGAAGUAGAACGUCGUAUUGUGUCACAAUUACUGACUUUGAUGGAUGGCAUGAAGAAGAGUUCACAUUUGAUUGUAAUGGCAGCAACAAAUCGUCCAAAUUCAAUUGAUCCUGCGUUGCGUAGAUUUGGUCGUUUUGAUCGCGAAAUCGAUAUUGGCAUACCGGACGCUACUGGCCGCUUGGAAGUCUUACGCAUUCAUACUAAAAAUAUGAAAUUAGCCGAUGACGUCGACUUGGAGCAGAUUGCUGCUGAGUCUCAUGGACAUGUUGGUGCCGAUUUGGCGUCCUUAUGUUCUGAAGCUGCUUUGCAACAAAUUAGAGAAAAGAUGGAUCUGAUAGAUUUGGAGGACGAUAAGAUUGAUGCUGAAGUUUUGGCUUCUCUCGCCGUUACAAUGGAGAACUUCCGAUAUGCUAUGACCAAAUCAAGUCCUUCAGCAUUACGCGAAACUGUUGUUGAGGUACCAAAUACUACAUGGCAUGACAUUGGUGGCUUAGAAAAUGUGAAGAAAGAAUUGCAGGAAUUGGUGCAAUAUCCAGUUGAACAUCCAGAUAAGUUCUUGAAAUUUGGUAUGCAACCAAGCCGUGGUGUACUCUUCUAUGGACCGCCUGGUUGCGGUAAAACACUGCUAGCUAAAGCUAUAGCAAAUGAAUGUCAAGCUAAUUUUAUAUCCGUUAAGGGUCCUGAAUUGUUAACUAUGUGGUUUGGUGAAUCUGAAGCAAAUGUACGUGAUAUUUUCGAUAAAGCACGUUCAGCAGCACCAUGCGUAUUGUUCUUUGAUGAGCUGGACUCAAUUGCCAAAGCUCGUGGCGGUAACGUAGGAGAUGCAGGUGGUGCAGCUGAUCGCGUCAUUAAUCAGAUUCUAACUGAAAUGGAUGGCAUGGGCGCUAAGAAAAAUGUUUUCAUUAUUGGUGCAACCAACCGGCCCGAUAUUAUUGAUCCAGCCAUCUUACGUCCUGGACGUUUAGAUCAACUUAUUUAUAUACCAUUACCCGACGAAAAGUCACGUGAAGCUAUAUUAAAAGCAAAUUUGCGCAAAUCACCAUUGGCUAAGGAAGUUGAUCUUACUUAUAUUGCUAAAGUAACCCAAGGCUUUUCAGGUGCCGAUUUAACUGAAAUUUGUCAACGUGCUUGUAAAUUAGCCAUUCGUCAGGCCAUCGAAGCUGAAAUCCGACGCGAAAAAGAACGCGCUGAAAAUCAAAACUCAGCUAUGGAUAUGGACGAAGAUGAUCCAGUUCCUGAAAUUACACGUGCUCAUUUUGAGGACGCCAUGAAAUUCGCACGUCGUUCUGUCUCUGACAAUGACAUUAGAAAAUACGAAAUGUUUGCACAGACGUUACAACAAUCCCGUGGUUUCGGACAAAAUUUCAGGUAGAUAAGCUCAUGUAAGCGAGGGCUUCGAAGUGGAAGGGAAAGUGUAUAAGAGGAUUGGCUAAAAUUUCCGAAUCAUUUUUCUAGUAUCAAAAUCGAAAUAAGUGACGACAAAGAUUUUGACCUUCCACGAUUCAAGCACUGAUAUUGCUUUAAAUUUUUUUUACUCUAUUAU